AUGGGAAUAGUCGAAGAAGAAUUUCUUUUGAAGAAUAUCUUAGGAACACAUUAUAAUAAAAAAAAUGUUAAGAUAAGCAUAUCUGUGAUUUACGGAUCAGGUGAUGGUAACAGCUAUAAUAAAGCAAAAGAUUUUAUAAACGAAUUAAUAGAAUAUUUCAAAAAUGUUCAUUUAUUUUUUAAAGACAUAAAUGAGAUUAUUAAUAAAAAUAUAUACAUGAAUAAUAUGAAUGGUAACAUACAUUAUGAUGAUAUACUUCAAAAGAAAGAUUAUAUAGAAAAAAAAAUACAAAUAAAUGAAAGUUAUAAGAAUAAUGAUAAUGUUGAUGAUUCUAAUAUUGAUGGUAAUAUAAUACAUAAGAAUAAUUGUGUAAAUAACUGGUUAGAUAUUAAAGAUAUGAAUAGUUUAGAAAAUGAAAUAAUUGAAUAUUUUAAAUUACGUUUUGAUAAAUAUCAAGUGAAUAACAAGAAAAGGAAAGAAAAAAUAUCAAGAUCAAAUUAUGAAAAUAUGGUACCAUUGUAUUAUAAUAAAAAUAUAAAUUAUUUAGAACCUUAUGAAGAGAAUGUAAAAAUGUUUAAUAGUAAAUUUAAAAAUUACAUUGAUUGUACAAUAUAUAAUAAAAAUAUAGGGAAAAUAUAUUUUAAUUUAAUUGACGCAAAUAAUCAUGAUUAUUAUUCAUUUUUCGAUAAUACAGAAAAUUAUAAUUUAAAUGUUUUAUUUUUUUUUAUUAGUACAUCUAGUUAUGGGUCAUUCCCAAAUAAUUCAUAUAAAAUAGAUGAGAUUUUUACAGACAUGUUAAAUGAUUUUCGUAUAGAAAAGAAUUAUUUAAAAGAUAUAUUUUUUAGUUGUAUUGGAUUUGGUAAUAAAGAAUAUGGAGAUAAAUAUUUUUGUACUCCUAUAAAGAAAUGUGAAAAAUAUAUACAUUUAUUAGGAGCACAAAAAUUAUAUAAAACUUUAAAAUUGUGUGAUACUCAAGAUAAUGAUGAAACUAUAUUAUUAUGGAAAUGUAACAUAUUUAAAACUUUUAGCUUGUCUUUAUUUUUCUAUUGUUUUAAUUAUAUGAAAAGAUGGUAUAUGAAUAAAAGAAUAUAUGACACUUUAUCAUAUUAUUGUUAUUUUUUUUCAAAUUAUACAAAUUUUAAUGUUAAUCAAACCGAAGAAAUCAAAUAUUAUAUGCAUGAUCAAGAACUUGAGAGUGAAAAAAAAAAAAAAAAAAAAAAAAAAAAAGAAAAAGAAAAAGAAAAAGAAAAAGAAAAAGAAAAAGGGGAUCUUUCUAUAUAUCCGAUGGAACAAUUAGAAGGAUGUCACUGUAAUAAGCCAUACCAAGAAAAUGAUCUCUCCAUUGAUCAAAAUAAUAUUAAUUAUAAUAAUAACAAAUGUUGUAAUAAUGAAAUAUAUAAUACGCACAAUGAUAUAUAUGACAAUGUUAAAGAUGAUCAUCAAAUUUCUUUAUCAAAUAUGGGUAAGGAUGAAAAGGAUUUCCUGAACGAACACAAAACAAAAGUGGAUAAAACAAAUGGGAUGAUGAAUGAAAAGAGAGAAGAAGUGUAUGUAAGGGGGGAUACUCAAGGGGUUGAGGGAUGUACAAAUUGUAACUGCCAAUCAGUAAAUGAAUAUAAUGAUACAUCUAAUACAAAUAUUAUGAAUAAUAAAAAUAAUAUGAAUAAUAAAAAUAAUAUGAAUAAUAAAAAUAAUGUGAAUAAUAAAAAUAAUAUGAAUAAUAAAAAUAAUGUGAAUAAUAAAAAUAAUGUGAAUAAUACAAAUAAUAUGAAUAAUAAAAAUAAUGUGAAUAAUAAAAAUAAUGUGAAUAAUAAAAAUAAUGUGAAUAAUAAAAAUAAUGUGAAUAAUCCAAAUAAUAUUAUGACCGGUGAAAAUUCCAUGUCCGAAAGUGAAACAUCAAGUAAUCAAAGUUAUCCGGAUGAUGAGGACGAACAAAUUGAAGUCGAAGAUCUAAUAUCAGGAGAAAAAAAAGAUAUGUUAAGUUCUAGCCAAAGAAACAAAUUAACAAAAGAAGGUUAUAAAAUAGUAGGAUCUCAUAGUGCUGUUAAAUUAUGUAGAUGGACAAAAUCACAAGUUAGAGGAAGAGGCGGUUGUUAUAAGCACACGUUUUAUGGAAUUAAUUCUUAUCAAUGUAUGGAAGCUACCCCUAGUCUUGCUUGUGCAAAUAAAUGUGUAUUUUGUUGGAGACAUCAUAAAAAUCCUGUAGGUGUAAAAUGGAGAUGGAAUAUGGAUAAAGCAGAAAUUAUAGUUGAAGAAAUAAUUAAAAAACAUAAAGCGAUGAUAAAAGAAUUAAAAGGUAUAUAUGGUAUUAUUAUGGAACGUUUUGAGAAAGCUAUGAAUAUAAAACAUUGUGCUUUGUCAUUAGUAGGAGAACCUAUCAUGUAUCCAGAAAUUAAUAAAUUAAUUGAUGAAUUACAUAAAAGAAAUAUAUCAACAUUCUUAGUUACUAAUGCUCAAUUCCCAGUAGAAUUAGAAAAUUUAAAUACAGUAACACAAUUAUAUUUAUCUAUAGAUGCUCCAAAUAAAGAGGCAUUAAAAAAUAUAGAUAGACCAUUAUUUAAAGAUUUCUGGGAUAGAUAUAUAAAAUGUAUUAAGAUAUUAAAAAAUCGUAAAGAAAGAAAAGUAUUCAGAUUCACAUUAGUAAAAGAAUAUAAUAUGAUGGAAAAUGAAAUAGACAGCUAUAUAAAUUUAAUACAACUAGGAUAUCCUGAUUUUAUAGAAAUAAAAGCUGUUACAUAUUGUGGUUCAUCACAAGGAUAUCAACUAACUAUGCAAAAUAUCCCAUGGCAUGAAGAAGUAUAUCAAUUUGCAUGGAACCUAAUUAAUAAAAAAAAAGCUCUAUCACAUAUAUAUGAAAUUUCUUGUGAACAUAAACAUUCUUGUAGUAUAUUAAUUACAAAGAAAAUAUUUAAAAUAAACAAUAAAUGGAAUACUUGGAUUGAUUAUGAAAAGUUUCACCAACUUGUCAAAAAUAAAGAAAAUUUUAAUGCCCUCGAUUAUUCCGUAGAAACUCCACACUGGGCAAUUUAUGGUUCUCAAGAAAGUGGUUUCAGCCCAUGCGAAAAAAGGGUAUACACAAAGGGCAAGUAUAAAAAUAAAAACCAACAAAGUUGA